GGGAAACGCGGGCCUAGGGCGGAAGGGCUCUGCAGGGCCAAGCCGAGGAACGGGCUCGACGCCUGUCCGUCGCCCCUCCCGGGACGGUGGCCGUCGGAGGAGGAGGAGCGGAGCCAGCCGGGAUGGCGGUGCAGGCGGCGCACUUGGAGGCCGACGCCUUCCUGGUGUGCUUGAACCACGCGCUGAGCACCGAGAAGGAGGAAGUCAUGGGGCUCUGCAUCGGGGAGGUUGAUACAAGCCGAAUUGUUCACAUUCACUCAGUGAUCAUUCUGCGGAGGUCAGAUAAAAGAAAAGACCGUGUGGAAAUUUCUCCUGAGCAGCUCUCGGCUGCUUCAACAGAAGCAGAGAGAUUGGCUGAACUAACAGGACGCCCCAUGAGAGUUGUAGGCUGGUAUCACUCUCAUCCUCACAUAACAGUGUGGCCAUCACAUGUAGAUGUGCGCACCCAAGCAAUGUAUCAGAUGAUGGACCAAGGCUUUGUGGGGCUUAUCUUCUCUUGUUUCAUUGAAGAUAAAAACACAAAGACGGGCCGAGUCUUGUAUACCUGUUUCCAGUCCAUUCAAGCCCAGAAGAGCUCUGAGUAUGAAAGGAUUGAAAUCCCCAUCCACGUUGUCCCACACAAUACCAUAGGGAAAGUUUGCCUCGAAUCGGCUGUGGAACUGCCAAAAAUCUUGUGUCAGGAAGAGCAGGACGCGUAUAGGAAAAUCCACAGCCUCACCCACCUGGAUUCUAUAACCAAGAUUCACAAUGGCUCAGUCUUCACGAAGAACCUCUGCAGCCAGAUGUCUGCCAUCAGCGGGCCUCUGCUGCAGUGGCUGGAGGACCGUUUGGAGCAGAACAAGCAGCGAAUGCACGAACUGCAGAGGGAGAAAGAAGAGCUCUUGGAGGAACUGGCUGCCUUGGAGUGACGGAGGCCAAGGCUCCCGAGCUCCUGGGCUCGGCCCCAUCUGCCUUGGCUGCUGUUUCCUCCUGCCCCCUCUUCCACCUGGCAGCCGUGACCGCUAGAGAACGCCAAGGCCACCUCUGCCAAAUGGCAUUUCAAGGCGGCGAGGAUUCCAUGGAACAGAACAGCAGAUAACUGCAGAAGAGGGAAAUAACUUUUUUUUACAUGGUGGACUUCAUUUUUCUUUUUUUUUAACAUAACGGAUCUUGAAGUUGUCAAGGUCAGAUAACAUAAGCACAGCAACCAUUGUCCUUACUGCAUUGAGUAGCAACUGAUCCUUAAUUUAUCUCGGGAAUGCACCGUUCUGGUGGGUCUUGAGAGAUAGCACGCUAUUUCUUAUGCCUCAUUCUGCUUCCUGUCACGUUUCUUGACUGCAGAAGAAGGAUUUUGCAUGUUUUUUCCCCCUCUCUUCGAAUGGAAUAAAGUCAAAUGAUUGGAUCCCUUCCGAAUGUUGUCCCCUGGCAGCUCCAUUCCAUAUAAAAGGAGAAAGAGAAAAAAAAAAAUACCGCAAAUAAUGCAUAAGAGUCAGCAAACCUAACUGUGGCUUUAUAACCCAAUUUAAUUAGUAAAACUUUGAAAAUCUCAGCUGGACAAGCUCAUCCUAGAAGAUUUCUCUUCCAGGGCAUUCUAUAAUUGAAGACCUCAAAGGGCCGAGAUGAAUGAAUUUUGAUUUUGAGGUGGGCGGUGGGGGGAACUUUCCAAUUUUGAGACUGGAAGGAAAAAGUCACAUAUCUGCACAGAUUUGUUUGUUCUGUUUGUUGCAGGCACCUAAAAACAUUGCAUAAAGAAUAGUUUUUCCUGA